UGACCCAUCCCAGAACCUCUGGGCUAGGCAAACAGCUGCAAUGCUCCUGACUAUGUGUCCUCACCCACAGUGGAACCUUGUGUGCGAGGACAGAUGGAAGGUGCCAUUGCAGCACACAAGCCAUCUCUUGGGCUGGCUGCUGGGCUGUGUGGUCCUGGGUGCAGCCUGUGACUGGUUUGGUCGCCGAGCUGUGUUUCUGGCCUCCCUGGUAGGUGCCGCAGGUCUGGGUGCCAGCGAGGCUCUGUCCAGCAGCUUCCUGGCCUUGCUGGUCAUGAGGCUGCUGCAUGGAGGUGCCCUGGCUGGUGUCUUCCUCGCCCUCUAUGUGGCUCGUCUGGAGCUGUGUGACAUCCCCCACCGUCUGGCCUUUGCUAUGGGCGCUCGCCUUUUCCUGGUGGCCGGUGUCCUGCUGCUGCCCGGCCUGGCACUGCUAGCCCAGGACUGGCGCCUGCUGCAGACCUUCACUGCCAUGGUGAUGGGGCUCCUGAUGCUCCUCUGGGGGUUUCCAGAUCUAUUCCCAGAAUCUGUGUGCUGGCUGCUAGCCACAGGGCAGCUGGCCCGCGCCAGGAAGAUCCUUCAGCACAUGGCAGAAACCAGCGAGGUGGAUCCAGAGGACAGCUCAGAGGAGGAGAGUUCCCUAGCCACCGAGCUGGGCACACAGCCUUCAGGGGCCCCACAGCACCACUGCCUGCUGCUGGAGCUGUGGCACACGCAGGUUGCCUGGAGGAACGGUCUUAUCCUGGCCUUCAGUUCGCUGAUCGCUGGGGGCAUUCGCACCAGCUUCCUGCGUGGCCUGACAGGGUCAUCGUCCAGCUUCUACCUGCUGUAUUUCCUGGCAGCUGGCCUGGAUGCAGCAGCCACUCUGCUGCUGCUGCUGACUGCCGAGCGCUGGGGGCGGCGGCUGCUGCUUCUACUCAGCACCUUGGCCACAGGCCUGACAUCUCUGCUGCUGCUCGCUGGGAUCCAGUACCUCCCUCGGUGGGUGACACUGCUUCUCUCCGCGCUGGGGCUUCUGGCCGCGCAGGCCCUGGGCGCCCUCAGCUGCUUCCUGGCAGCAGAAGUGCUCCCCACUGUGCACAGGGGCGCUGGGUUUGGUCUCGUGCUGGGUGCUGGUUUCCUGGGCCAAACAGCAGCGCCCCUUGCUGACAUACAUGGCCACGGAGGCUUCUUCCUGCACCACCUCCUAUUUGCCACGUUCUCGGUGCUGGCGCUGCUCUUGGUCCUACUACUGCCCGAGAGCCGAGGGCGUGCCCUGCCCCACUCGUUGCAGGACGCAGACCGCCUACGCCGGCCGUCUCGACACCGGGAUGUACUGCUACUGCCCAUGACCGGCCACCAACAGACUCCAUAGCUCUAGAGGAGCUGGACUGUCGGAAAAGGCACGCACUAUUUAUGUACACAUAAUUAAAACCUGGCUGUG